AUGUCCUUGAUCACCGACACUACGUUUCCAGUAGUGUCGCGUUUAACCCCCUCGAAACAGUCUCGGCUGGGCGCCCUACGAAAAUAUGUUUCAAUCUCAUAUCUAUCAUCACUUGCAUGGGACUCCCUCGCGCAUGCGGGUUUUAUCGCUUUCGGUCUCUGGCGCGGGCUCUCGCGUGAUGAAUACGAGAGAUCCUUGCAGAUUGAGAGGAGAAAACGGGAUCUUUCUUUCAAGCUUCAGGCCGCGACUUCCCUGCAUGAGUGGCUUCAGAUAGCGGGGGAAUUGGAUAAACUUGAAGGGAAUAAAGAGUGGAAGUCGGUUGAUGAAUCCAACGAGUACGAUCAUGCCCUACUCCGGGCGCGACUGGAUGAUCUGGAGCAGGCUUUGCGUACUGACGAUUUCGGCGCUCUCGUCCAUAUUAUUCGAACCUCCUUUAGUCGACAUCUUGCGAAUAUGACAAAUCCGGAUCUCUAUACACGUGCCCAUAUCGGUACCAAAAAUUUGAUAGAUCUCUAUGUCACAACAGCCACGAACGCGGUAUCUGUGGCACUGGAAAUGGCAGACAAGCUGGAAUUCAACAUUGCCGAAUCUCGGUUUCUUUUGGAGCAACUGCAAGCUACUCGACAAGCUUUUGGACGAACAGCAUUAUUGCUCUCUGGUGGUGCUACCUUUGGAAUGAAUCAUACCGGCGUUGUCAAGACUCUCUGGCAGAUGAGGCUUUUGCCACGGGUAAUAUCUGGUUCUUCCGCCGGCAGCAUCGUUGCCGGCGUUCUCUGUGCUCAUAUGGACGAUGAGAUCCCACAAAUUUUAUCGUGUUUCGGAAACGGUGACUUCUCCGUUUUUGAAUCGAACGACGGCGUGGAGACCCUGUGGCACCGAUUGAGGAGAUUUCUUAUUUCAGGCUCUUUCUUUGAUAUCGCUCAUCUAACACGGGUUAUGCGAGACAUAUUAGGGGAUGUGACAUUCCUAGAAGCAUAUAAUCGGACGAGAAGGAUCCUCAACAUCACAGUUUCCCACGCAGAGACUCAUGAGCUGCCCCGGUUAUUAAAUUACAUAACUGCCCCAAAUAUCAUAAUUUGGUCUGCAAUCGCUACAUCGUGCUCUGCUCCACUUAUAUUUUCAACCUCCGCGUUAAUGGCGAAAGACCCGACUACCGGAAAUAUACUAGAAUGGGGAGAAUCCCUUGUUCAGUGGAUCGACGGGUCCGUUGAUAGUGAUUUGCCGAUGGCUCGCCUGUCGGAAAUGUUUAACGUUAACCAUUUCAUUGUGUCCCAAGUCAAUCCUCAUGUGAUACCAUUUGUUCCCCCGGGAGAAGCCGUUUUAUUUGCAAAACUCAGCGAACGCCCGCGGGAACCCGAACCUGAGCCGGUUGAUCUUCCCAAGAUGCUGAUAAAAGAGGAGACAAUUGGAAAGUUCACUAUGUUGUCCGAACUCGGAGUGCUGUCUAACCCCCUGAGCAAAUUUGCUUCUGUCCUGAGACAGGAAUAUUAUGGUGAUAUCAAUAUCCUUCCAGAGAUCACUUAUGAGGUGUUUCCCAGCAUGCUUAGGAACCCCACGCCCGAUUUCAUGUUACGAGCGUGUCUCAGUGGCGAGCGCGCUACAUGGUCCAAACUAAGCCGCAUUAGAAACCACUGUGCUCUCGAGUUUGCUCUGGACGCAGCGGUUUUGAUUAUGCGUGAAAAGGUCGCCGCUGCUGCAAGAAAUGCUAAUAUACCUUUGAGGUCUGUUUCAUCCUACAUCGAGGAAAACGUCUACACCGAAGAGGAUAUGCCAGAAGUUCAGCAGUUAGCACCGCCGAAAAAAGGGGUACAUAGACUAAAGCCGAUCCGCGCCCACUCUCACUUCGACGCAAGUUAUCAGUUUCAAAGGAGCAAAGGUUCUCUUCACAUGCCAGAAGUUCGGCGUGGCCUCAAAUCUUAUGCUCAGCCAUAUAACAGUAUACCAAUUAAGGCCAAGCGGUCAAGUUCGGCGUGGAUACCAGCAAUCACAUUCUCCGGGGAGAGAAUUCGUCACAUGCCUCCUGAAUCAGGUAUCGGCGCGUCCGCAAGGUUCAGACGACCAUCUUUAUCAUAUGUAUCCUCCAGAUCGGAGAGGCACACACCGAUGACUCUAUCACGUCGCGGAUCUUUUAUCCAGAGCACAGCCCUUCCCACCCAGCGUCGACGGGCCCGCCGUGCGAACACCUACGAAACAUCCCUGUCAACUGUCUCGCUUCCGCGUCUAAUCAUGGCUGUUCAAACCGGGCCUCCAUCGCCGGUGCGUGAACACGAGCACUAUAGGUUUCUUCGAAAGCAAUCGAGCGAUUCGAAUUCUAACCGGGCGGUUAAUUGUUGA